CCUGCUAGUCCAAAACAUUCUGUUCAAGUGUUACAUGUUCUGAUGAAAAUUGAGACCCUAUCACACAGUCCCCGUCAAAACCCAGCAGCGGAUGGGUAUUACUGACCGACCCAGAGGCAUGAAAACAUCCAAACUACCUCCUGCUCGACGUCUCGAGGACUCAAAAUGACCCGCACACGUUUUGACGAGAUCCGGGCCACCCGUUGUAAGAGUUCAUGGUCGAAAUAGAGCGUCUCGUAGUGCUCCAAGCGGCCUUUUGGCAGCACUAUCCCCCGCAAGUGCUGGACAGCACGAUUCCAACGACCGCUGGUGGUGCCAGCAGUAAGUGGUGGUGGUGGAGUUUCUAUUCCCUCUCGCCUCAUUCCUACGCUAACAGCCAAAAGGCAUCCACCCCCACCAACACAAAGCCUAAACCGCACACAUUCACUCAAACCCAGUAACACUAUAAACAAAUCCCAAAAGCCAAAAUGCCAUCAUCAUCAUCCGAUUUGACAAUAUCUCCCCUCCUCCCACUUCCCCACUACAUAAAGGCUCUUUGGGUCGAUGCAACGUAUAGUUAUGUGUAAUUCAGGGUCAAUAACUACAAUUCGAAUUGUACCUAAGUAGACAAGGCUUGACACAUGUCCUUUUAAUUUAACGUCAUUGCCCGGUGUGCCGCUGACGUGAGACACACCUGGACCACCACGCUGGACAACAUUGUGGAGACGCAACAUCUCACGCUUACCUCUAUGUUUAGAGCUAAUUGUAGAUGGACCCCAUGUGCUAUCGCCAAAAAAACGAACUUACUACCCACGUAGUUCUAUUGUUGUAGAUAGACCCCCUGACAGAGUUAUAUGAUCGCAAAUAGAACCCCUGAGUUAAAAACCUGCUGUCGCAACUAGAUCCCGCGAAAACAGUCAGAAAAUUUCACUCAGGGAGCCUAUCCGCAACAACAGAAUCAUAGCUAGGGACGGUAAGUUCGACUUAACAAUAGCGCAAAUAUCCACAAUUAAUACUUAUACUUAUUAGUCAUAGUUAGUUAACCCUUCUGCCACCUUAGUACUCCACGAGCGCCUAGGAAUUUUUCCAGCCUUAUAGGCAGCUCAAAAAUAUUCCCACAGCAUAUAAUUACAACCGUGACCUUGCUUUUGUGGGGAAGCAAACGGGCUCUGGGUUCCAAGGGCUAGAAAGCCGAGACCUCCUCCAGUCCAUGGAUACGAAGAGAUGGAAGGCCAACCCAAAGAGCAGCAGCUAGAAGAAACAGCCUCAGCAGCGCCGCUGCCGCCAAGGCUCAACCCAAAAAGAGACGAGUGGAGCGAAGGAGCAGUCACUUGCCUACUCGAAGCCUACGAGGCCAAAUGGGUCCUCCGCAAUCGAGCCAAGCUCAAGGGCCAGGACUGGGAGGACGUGGCUAGACAAGUGUCAGCGAGAGCGGAGUCUGGAUCCAGCAGGUCGACCAAGACGGCCACGCAGUGCAAGAACAAGGUGGAGUCGAUGAAGAAGAGGUACAGGAAUGAGGUCGCCGCUGCGGGGAGAGGGAGCGGGUCCAGGUGGCCGCUGUUUUCGAAGCUUGAUGGGCUCGUGAGGUGCCAGUCGGGCUCAAGAGCGUUGGUGGUUGCUGAUGACAAGAUUGCUUCUUGUGAUCAGGGGGCUGAAGAAGAAGAAGCAGCCACAGCUGUUCAGGAGGAAUAUACUGAAGGAGACAAAGAGCAGCCUCCAGAAAUGAACAAAGAGCCAGAUCAAAAAGUACAAUCAUGCAAUUCUUCGAAAGAGACCCAACAUAUACAAAGAAAGAGGGAAAAGAGGAAAAGAACAAAGGAAGAAGGGUGUGAAGUUGCAGAGAGCAUCCGAUGGCUCACUGAUGCAAUCCUGAGAGUGGAGCAGAUGAGAAUGGAAUCCAUGAGAGACAUGGAGAAAAUAAGAGCAGAGACGGAAGCAAAGAAGGCAGAGAUGGAACUCAAAAGAACUGAAAUUCUUGCCAACACCCAGCUUCAGAUUGCCAAACUCUUUGCUAAGAAGAGCAAUGGUGACAAAGCUAAUUUUUUAGCCUAGAAGAGAACAGAUUGAUGAUUGCUUUUCUUAACUUCUUGAUGAUACUGCAGUUUUAUAAGGGGUAACUGCAGACAUACUCUCUAGUGUACUAUAUGAGCGUAACUAAUUAUGCUUUCUAUUAUAUUAACACUUGUGUCUCCUGGAUUUCAGACGAUGUUAUUUCUUAGUACUUUGAUAUU